UUGUAGUUUCGCUGUAACGGACGCCUAAACGCGAUGAAAAUUUGUCUCUGAAGUCAAAUUUCACAAACUUCGACGCUCAAACACAAAUUUAUUUUUUCUUUUUUAUUCGGCCACUGAAGUAUCUGGUAAUUCGUAUCGUCUUCCGUUGCUCUGAAGUUUAAAAUCAGUAAUUUAGUUCUGAAAGCAAACGUUGGCGCAAAACGUACGUUUUUGCGUUAUUACGGGUUAAUAGCCUAGCUUGAUACAAGCAGUUAAUUGUAUUCAAAAUGGCUUACUACCGCGCAAUGAAAGAUGGUACAGAGGUGGGACAGCCUGACUUUUCACUCACUAAAGCCAUUACGGAUGUUCGUCAUCAUGUUCAUGCCCAGACUGUGGCCUUCAAGUCAGCUCUCAUGGAUGCUGAGAAAACUGUGAGGCAAGCACAGCAGAACCUGAGAGACAACACAUGGGAAAUCAUACAACUCCGGUGCCUGGAGAAAGACAUAGACAAACUGACAUUUGUCUAUAAAUUCAUCUACGAGGAUAACUGCAACAUCAGGUCGCCUAUCUUAAAGAGUGAAGCAGAGAUUCGCAUUGCCCAGGCAAAGAUAAAAAGAUGCAGUGACAGAAUUGAUGAUCUCAGAGUGGCUCACCGACGUGCAGUAAUUCAGACACAGUUGGACAUGGACCGGCAUAGGAGGUUGCUGAUCCAGAUGCAGCCUCUGAAGGAAAUCCGUAUGGAGAUGGAUGAGAUUGAUGUUUUGAACAAGGAGAUUUUGAAAAUAAGGAAGGUUACAGAGCGUCGUAAGGAGUGCUUGGGACGGGAGUCAAGAAACCUUGACGAGUUAAAGAAAAAGAUAGAGAUCAAGAAAAGGGACUUGGAAGCUAUUCUGAGGCGGCGCUUCCCAUACCAGAUGAGCAGAGCACAGGAAGUUUUCAGACAACUAUCUGAAGAGCCUGUAAUCAAGAUCUUGUGUCAGCAGCUUGAUGAGCUCAAGAUGGAGUCAUCACAGUACUGAGUAGUUGUUGAUCAUUAAACUUAAGUGUCAGGUUAGUGUAAAUGUGUUUUAUGAGCCGUGUUAUAUAUCAGGACUAAAUGUAGACCUGGAGUUGUUAGGGGCCUGUCAGUUCAAAGAAGAAUAGCUGUAGUUCCUGUUGGUGAACAAGUGGGGGCAGCAGUGUCCAGAAAAUGUUCAACUGUGUCUGCUCAACUUUCUCACAAAUCCGUCACCUUGACUGUGGAAGUGUAGUUUGAUAUCCGUACUGUAGAUCAGAGUUAUUCAUUCAAAGUUCAAUGUUUAUGAAAGAAAAACGUGAAGAAGUGGUUCUGUAAUUGCUUUUUAACACUUUAAUUGAGUUCCUGUGAUAAUAUGACAGCUUGGACGAGUGUUUCAUUAAAUCAGAGACAAAGUCAGCAGGGCGUGGGAUGGGAUUUUAGGUCGAGCGUUGACAUUGAAUCGGUUUGUCCAGUCAGUGUCCAAAUACAGUGACCCGCGCUCAACAAAAGCCAAGUGUCUCCAACUGUCGCUGUGUUGAUGUUGUUUUGGUACACGUUGUUCCAGCUGCCGCUUCACUGGGUCGCAUGAUGGUCCGCGAGGUGACAGGCCCACUGCCGGCUAACAAGGGCGUGACUGUGCUACUUCAGCCAUAGCUCACGACUAAUUAAACAGCAAAAAUCUGCCUUUUCAGAAAAUUAGUGCAAUCAAGAGAGUAUUCAAACAAUCCCUGACGAUUUGAAAGUCAUAAUAUCAAGUGCAUUCUCAUAAUUCCAGCGUUUUAUCACUCUGAAUUGUGCUCAUCUCUUUACGUCAUUGGGACUAUUAUAUAAUAACAAUGAGAAAGCACUGAACUGUGCAUUCAAAGCCUGGUAGAGCUAUGAAAAUGCACACAAAUGUUGCAAAAUUCCCAUGUUCAUCGACUUUAUUCUAAGCUGUAGCAAAUUAAACAUUAAAACCAGCACCCACAUGUUGAAUCCUUCAUUAACACAUUUUAUUUACUCAUUUUGCCUGUUAUAAUGACUACAUUUCUGUUUUUCUUGAGAUUUCAGUUUUAUUAUCUCUAUAUCUCAAAAUAAUGACGUAAAUUUGCCUGUGAUUACAAAUAAUUUUCUAUAGAUCUCAAAAAAUUAAGAGGAAAAACAGCAUUUUUACCUCAAGAUCAGCACAUAAAAGCUCAAAAUCUGGAGAAGACACAACCAGAAAUUCGUCACAAUCACAGUUAAAAGGAAGUAAAAAAAAAUGUAUUGAUAAGUGCCAGCUAAGGAAUUCUGUACCCACGUGUUGCAUGUUUGGAUUUCUAAUCUGUUCAUAUCAUGUUGCAAAAUUCAGCUGAAAAUUGUCUAUCUGAGACGUUUAGAAUUCCCGUGAAUUGGGAAUUCUAUUACAUAAUGUUAUAUUACAAUCCCUUUUUUUUGUCUUUUUUUGGUGCUUUUUACACAUGCACAAAACUCUUUUUUUUGUAUUUCUGGGCUGAGCUGCCUGGGUGAAUGUAAAGAUCCGAAAUUUUUACUUUUGCUUUUCCAGGAAUAUGUCCUGCCAGCCCUCUUGUAAAUGUUCGUGUGAGUUUGUAGCUGUGAGAUGUAA